AUGGAAAAUCUUGAAGCCUUAAAUGCAUUUCCACACAGCAUGUAUGAUACUGGAGUGGGCGGAGACUUCGACAUUACACCAGAACGAACAUCAUCCACCAGUCUUGAGUUUCAAGAUUUUUCAGCUGAUAUUUGUUUGAUCGAUGAAGAUAAUCGAAUCGAAAAUCUUGGAGAGUUUUUGGAUGAACUUCGAAGAAAUUUGGGAAAUUUGGACGAGUCUGGUAUUGAAAGCUUGGAUGAAAGCGUCCUCAAUCUAUCAGAAAACGAAAAUAGUCUUCAUCAAGGACAUCCUGAUAAUAAUUAUUCAGAAAUACCAGAAAGAAGACCUACAAAUGCCUCAACAAUUCCCAAUAUUUUGGCUGAUGUUUCCCUUGAAAAUCUUAAUGACUCCUUGAAUGAUUUUUUAGAAAGCUUGGAUAACUCUUCAGUGAUGUCAAGCACAAGGAUGAAUCAAAAUUUAAAUGACGUAUUAAAUGAUCAAGUUCCAUUCGAAGAAAGAACCGGUAAUGAUUCUGUCGAACCAGAAAUAAGAGCUGACCUUAGCGCUGAGCUAAAAAGCUUUUUAGACGAUGUGGAAAAACUAUUCGGAAAGCCAACGUGGUUUCAUAAAAUUUAA